AUCGCUGUACGGCGUUGCGGCAGUGUAUGGCCGGGCUGGUGCGUCCGUCAGUCGCGCCGCGCGCACCGAACUCGCCGCUCUUCGUACCGCCGCCGGUCCGUAGUGGAUAGUCAUAGUCGAUCGUCAGCAUUGCGUCCGCACCCGCCCUUAUCAAAACAUUCCCGCAUUGAGAUCGAUCUGCACGUCUCUACGCUAUUUGUGAUAACGCGUGCCGAUUCCCAGUGACGUCAUGACUACAAUGUAUUGUUUAUAGUGUUGUGUCUUACUGAUCGUGCACGGUAGUCGCUGGAUUGUUGUUUAUUUGUUUUGUUUCAUUGAUAAGAAGCUUAAAUAUCAAGCGUCGCCUGCGCACGCCGCCGUCCGUCUGCUCCAUGAGCAUUCUUGGCAUGAGAGUAAGUAGUGCGUGCGGUGUGACGCGAUGGUUGCGUGAUCGGUCAUCAUGCGCCUCUUCCGUGGGCCGAAGCGCAGGGAAGUGACCGAGCCGCAGGCUGCCGCGACACCGUCUCCCCGCCGAGACGUCGCCGCCGGGCCAGCCCCGCACGAUUUCACGCUCGUCACCGCACUCCCAGCCAUGGUCAUGGAGGAAGAUGUGAAAGAGAUGAAAAAAGUUUUCGCAACGUGGGGUCGCCGUAUGGGAAAGAAACUAGAUAUGUUAAAAAAAGAGCCCAAAGAGGCAGAUGAUGCCUCCACAAAUGGAGAGUCAUCAGUGAUAACCGGGCAGUAUAAGAAAAAACAGAAUUGGAAAAUGGGCCGUAGUACUUCAGAUUCGGCAUCAUUAAAGAAAGAUAGUGAUACAGAAUCAAUAAGAAGUGGUUCUAGAGAUAGAUCGCCGAGUCCUUUUAAGUCAUUCUUUCACAGAAUGGGUUCAACGGGUAUGUUAAACACAUCAAAAACUCAAUCGCUUAAUACACCUAAAUCACCCGUAAAUUAUACGAAUGGACCCUCUUUAUAUCGGAGCUGUUCUACGUCUCAUUUGUCAACUUAUAUUAAAGCUGACGAUCCAUCGGAUGAUAUAGAUCUGCAAAAUACUAACAAUGAGAACAAAAAUUCUCCAACUAAACAAAAAACUAAUUUACUCUCAGAAGAAAAAUUUUCCAACUCUUCUACUAAAGCUAUUAGCUGUGACAAUAUACCUAAAUUAGAUGGUCAACAAAAUAAUUCUUCUAAUAAAAAACCGAAUUUUCCCUAUGCCUUUUUAAGAUCUAAGUUAUCUGUUUUGCCAGAGGAGAACAGUAUUGCUUCUCAACAUAGAUCUAUUUCUAUGAGACAAAGCUUUUCGGAAAGAAUAGAUAGAAAAUCACCCAAAUUCAGAAAAGAAAGAAUGUAUGUAAAUAAUUCACGUUCCGAGGAAAGGUACAGAAGUAGUGAUAAUAUUUCCGUCCAUGAAAACAGUGUUUAUAAUAAUAAUAAUUCAACUGCGAGACACGACCUUGAUUCAUCAAGAAAUUCUGUACGAAGUAUAAACGAAUGCGAAGGAACACCUUAUCCUUAUCGACGGAUAGAGGACGUUCCCAGAAGAUCAUCUAUGAUUUCACAUCGACCACCGUUAGAUUAUGACCCCAUGCUAAUGCCCCGAAAUAGAAAUAGUCUUCCAGUUUAUGAAUACAAUUCUAUUCUUGGUUCUGCUCAAGAUUUAAAAGGAGAUUUGGCCUCGUCGACUCAAAGUAUACAUCGCGAAAUUCUACAAGCCCACCGACUAAGUAAUUAUAUCAGUUCAAAUGAAUCUGGCUAUGAUAGUGAUGGAAGGCCAACUGAUGAAUAUAGUAAUCAUUCUCCUCCGGGAUAUUCAAGUCACCUUUCCAAUGGAUGUGGUACUCUUAACAGGGAUGGAAAUUAUGGAAAUUUUUCAAGACAGUUAAGUCUUAACCAUAAAAUAAAUGUUAGCAGAGUUCAAAUUCCUGCUAGAAGAAGUUCAACACCAUGUGCUCUUUUCCCCAUUGAUAAAAGUCUUUCCUAUGAAUUCGAGGCUGAAAGUGAAGCAACUAGUAAGUAUACAAAGAACAUUUCAAAUCAACAAAUUACCAUUGAUUAUAGCGAUGCUAAACCUCCUCCUCUACCUAAAAAGAAUGUUUCUAAAAAAAUGCCCUUCAUUUACAAAACGAUAACAUUAGAUGAACGAGUUCAAACUAGAAAAAUCAACUUUUUACAAUCGCAAUUAACCUCCUUCGAACACUCAUCAACUCCAAAUUUAUGUGAAAAUAAUUUAUCAGAUAAUGAGUCUGAGAUUAACAGACUUUUAGAGAAGGACAUACUUGGUAGAGGUCCGUGUACAAAACGUUUUAGAAAAAUAAGGCUCAUCAAAACACGACUAGAUGAAAGCUUGGGAGUAUACUUAGCCCAACAUAGAGUGGACUUUGAUAAAAGUGGCUUAAACUUUGAAAUUCGCUACAUCGUCGUUAAACUCGACUUUGAUGGUAUAGCCCAUAGAGAUGGUCGACUUAGAAUAGGGGAUGAAAUAGUAAGUGUAAAUAAUAAAGUACUAAGAGGCUUAUCAUCCCUGAAGGAAGUUCAACAUAUUGUUAAUUCGUGUUCUACGGAAGCUGCUCUGGAAGAGGGAGCACUAUUUCAAAGGUAUCAAGUUGAUUUAGUGAUGGCCCAUGAUGAGAUUAAUCCAAUCACAUUAAGUCGCAUAAUUAACAAUCAUCCAAAUGAAAAUUCUUCGUUCCAAAAUAAUGCCUCAAAUAUUCCUCCUGACAUUAUUUCACAAACUAUACACAAUCCAACACCAUCCAAUCAAAUAACUAUUGAAACUCAUUUUCCAAGUGAAAAUAAAUUUUACGUCCAUAAUGGUUUGGAUAACAGACAAUCGCAACAUUUGGAAAAUGAACCCCAACAAAAAUGUGAAGUCGGUAUCCAAGUUAAUAAACGGCAAUCGAUAUCAAAUCAAAAAAGUGAUGAUGAAAAAUUACUAGAGCGAAAUUGCUUUACACCUUUGCACCCAUCUUUGCAAAACAUAACAAAUAUUGAAGUUUCUAUGCGUUCAUCGCCUAGUCCCAGAAAUAAUUCAAACUAUCGGCCUAUAUCACUCCAUAGCUCGAAACCACAACCAGUGACGGCCUGUAAUGAAAACGAAUCGAAUGAAAUAAAAGAAAAUUCAUCUCACUAUAUAAAACACGUACCAAGACUCUAUCAGAAUAGGUCAUUCGAAAGCAUACCAGAACAACUCAGAAGUAGCAGCCGCAGUCGAUAUUUUAGCAGAGUAGGAUCGCAACGAUGUUCGCCUAAUUAUACUAACCAUGUAUCGCGUCAGCAAGAAUAUAAUCCUGUCAUUCAACAAAACACUCUUCAUUAUUCUAAUAAUUCCGUACAUAAAGUAGAGUUUUGGAAAGGUCCUGGCCAUAAAAGCCUCGGAUUUAGUAUCGUCGGAGGGACUGAUUCACCAAAAGGCCAAAUGGGUAUUUUUGUAAAAACCGUUUUCCCUAACGGACAAGCUGCUGAUAAAGGAACCGUGUAUGAAGGCGAUGAAAUACUAUCAGUUAACAACGUGGCAACACGGGGUUUAAGUCACGCCGGAGCAAUAACACUUUUUAAACAAGUUAAAGAAGGAAAAAUCGAACUGACGCUUUCACGAAGAAGAGCUCCUAGGUCAAGAUCUGUUGAACCACUUGGGAAUUUUCGGGGCGAUACUAAAUGAUUCGACGUUCAAGAAACCGACACCUCCAAAGAAACUUACUGUUAUUAAGUGCAAUAAUAUUCAUUUUAUCGUUAAGCCAAAGGCGUCAUAUAAUUUAACUUAGUUAUUACAUAAACUUCCUGAGUAAAAUAGAAAUAGCCUGUCAUAAACAUUGUUCCCUAUCCGGUUUUUCUUGUUAUAAUAAAUUUAAUGGCCUUCAAUCUAAAUAAUCAUAAAUUUAUUUGAUAUUGAUAUGUAAUCAUGCCUUAAGUAUUUAAGUGACAUUAGACGGCUAUUUCUAGAAUACCGGGCUUUCGUUACAUGUUAUGAAGUACGUAGUACUUCGCUUUUCUAAUUCGUUGCUGCAACGACUAGCUUCAUUAAGAUAUGAUUUGUAGAUACUAUAUGUGUUUGGUAUAUCAUUCACGUAUACAAUGAAUUAUAACAUGCUUUACUCAUACUAUGAUUAUGCAUUAUAAUAUAUUAAAAUUAAGCUUUAGUAUUAACAUUAGCCUUAUAAACUGUGAAUAGAAGACUGUAUGUAAUAUUUAUAUCUAAGAAAUAUUAUAUAAUCCAAGUAGUAAAAAGUUCUUCUCAGAUUGAUGUACCUAUAUCUAUAGAAUUGCUAGAUCUCGAUAUUUCCAUUUUGUGUAUAUUUUUCUUAAUAUUAUUUUGAAGAAUCCUUCAUUUUACACGUAGGGCUCAUUUUACACAUAUUAUAGACUGAUUUAUAAAAUUUGCUAAUGUUUGUACCUACAAAUACUGCCAAAGUUUUAGUCAUAAUGUGAGUAAUAUUUAAAUCCUUAUUCUCUAAGAAAACACCAUACAGGUUAACAAAGCUACGUCUACUUAGCUCUUAAUCUUUCGUAGAAUAUUGAACAAGAAAUGUAUUAACAAUCUUAUAGAGACACCAAGCAUGAUUGUAAAAUAACGUCAAUUUGAACAACAAUCCAGCAAUACAAGACUGAUUUGUAAAAGAUGUAUAUCGUUUUUCGAUGCGGCAGCUACAUUAUACAACGAUACAAGAGUUUUAUUAAUAUAAAAAUAAAUUAAAAGACAAAACCGAUUAUCUUAAGCAACGUAGAUAUUUAAAACGAAGCAUUGCCUAGAUUGUAUCCAGGAAUCUAAAGAAAUUAUAGAAUACAGCAAAUAAUUCAAUGUACUUUUAGUGGCUCGGGUGUUGACAGCUAAAAACUACCGGUUAAUAAGCAAUACUAAUAAAUCUUUAUGAACUAGUAAGCUGAAGAUUCAAUGUAAACAAAAACAAAACAAAAAAUCGUCAAAAAUUAAUAACUUUUGAUAAGACAUUAAUCGGCAUAGAUAGACGCAACUGAAGGACACUCGAACCACUAACAGUUUCCAAACUAAUUCAGCGAACCAGCUCCGUCCAUUGAAUUGUUAUCGUCAAUUAAGUCUUAACUACUCGAAGAUUAAACAGAUAGUUCUGUAAAAAGCCAUUCAUUAAUAUCAAUAGACGCUGAACAAAACUAACUCUUAUUGUGUGAUGCUGUAUAUAGUAUAUUGUAAAGGAUGCAAUGCAGUAUUGUUAAAGUUUAAUGGAAA